AUGAUUCCGCGACCGGAAUACCCAGUCAUCGAUGAGCUAGUUCAAAACCCUGCUGUCUCUCCCGCCGAGGCAGUCCAGAAUCUCCUUCGCGCUCGCGAGGUCUUACAGCUGGGGAGACAGGAAUCCGAAUCCGCGUCUGAUAUCGAUGGUAAUCAUACGUGGUAUGCCAUGACCGAAGUUGUGGACACCGCCAACAUCACUCCAGCAGAACUGCAGGACAAACUCAUCGACUUUAUUUUCGAGCUGCACCGUACCGAGGUUCCAUACCUCAGCCUAUAUUCGACUGAUUGCUAUCAUUUCAAUUUCAAGCCUGAAUAUGCCCGCCAGAUAGAUGAGGAUCCCCAGAAGGAGUAUCCUCCAAGUGACCUUCAGGAAUGGGAGAACCGGAAUGCCUUCAUGGCGCACCUUACGAGGAGAGUAGAGCACCUCUGCCAUCAUUUAGACGCAUCUUUGUAUGCAUUCUAUUCAUGUCGAUCAGUAGAGGAGGCUGUACGUACUGCAUGUAUCUGGUAUAUAUACGCCGGUCAGCGCGUAUGGGAGAACUGUCAGGUUGGACGGCUCUUUGGGGAUGAGGACCAAACACCGCGUCGAGAUAUGCACAUGGAUAGAUGGUGCCUCUGGAAAGAUAGAUUGAAGACGGCACAGCGGGAGUUUCCUAGGGAAAGUACGCAGGAGAUGAUACGGAAGGCGUUGGAAGAGGUUGAGAAAGCAGAACACGGAAAGUAA